AUUUUAAAAAUGCAUUUUGAGUUUUCUUUUUGACAGGUCAAAGGGGGUAAAUAGAUUGUGAUUUAAAGGAAAAUCAUUAAUUUUCGUUAUAUUUUUUUUUCCGUGGAAAUGUUUUGGUGCAGUGGCGUCGAGUUCGCGCCCCAUUCAAAUGUCAUUGGCGUUGCUUGUAUUUUCGUCAUUUCGUGAAUAUCGCGGGAUCUCUACGCGGGGCGACUUCCAGCGUGCGGUUAUUUUUAGUCCGCAACGAUGACCUAUCGCAAAAUUUCGAUAUCGGCGUUGUGGUGGUAGUGUUGUCGAAAUGACGAAAAUUGAGCCACCCCUUGUGCCGGGGGGCGACGCACCCCGUUCGGUCGCCGUACACUAUUCACUUAGUUUAAGGAAACUUUGUGUACUUACAGCGGCUUUUCCAUUUCUCGCACUUGUUAUCUGUCUCGUUACUGCUGUUAUUUUCCAACCGGAUGAGGUACACGAAACACAUUGUAGAGUUUAUAAUGUUAUUCCAUCAAUUAGUGCCAUAACGGGGGUAAGUCCCCAACGAUAUUUAUGGAGAUUAAGCGUUGCUUUACAUAUUACUCCAAGAUACGUUAUUGCAACAGCAUACAAGAGAUAUUUGCAUGGUUUAAUCAGCUCUUUAGCAACUUUAGAGACUAAAAAAAGAAUCCACAGAUGGCUCUCAAUUGCCCAUGUUUUAAAUAUAGUAGAAGUUAGUGCAUUAGCCGGAGUUACGUACAUUUCCAAUAUUGAAAAUUACCCGAUCCAUGAAAAAUUAUUUAUAACAUUUAUGUUUACAAGUUUGGGUCAUAUGUUAGCAUCAAUAAAAGCUUUACAAUUGAUAGCGGAGACUCGAAGUGAUUUCCACACAUUCGACAAAGAGAUAUUUAUAAAAAAGUGUCUUUUAUUGACGUCGAUGGUCUGCACAAUUGGAAUGAUUGUUUUUUUUGCGGAGCAUCGAUUGUUGUGUCACGAUUUAGCAUUUAGUAGAUUCGCUUUUUGCGAGUAUGUAGUGGCUACGGCGAAUAUGGCUUUCCAUUGUAGCCUGGUAUUUCGAUUGGAAGAGGAACGCUUGGUUAUCAUAACGGGAUUGGAAUCGGCGUGGGAUCGAAAAGUACUAAAUAACGAAAAGAAGGGGGAUUAAAAAUGAAAUUGAAUAAAAUUGGGGGAGCCAAUUGUAAUAAAAUUGUAUGGAUCUUGUUUAUACAUUCGUAUGUACGGUACACACACACAAAAAUAAAUUAAAUAAAAAUGUUUAAGUCAAUUGUGCCCAUAAUUAUGAAAGUGGUCUAUGUCAUAUAUUUUGUUGUAUCGUGAUAUUUAAUGAAUUUUUACAUGAUGCGACAUUUUAAUUUAUAAUUUUAUAAGUCUUGAUUAAUGGAAAUUUAUUAUGAAUAUGAAAUUUUAUGUCAGUUUCAUACGAAAAUGUUGUUUUUAAAGUUUGAAUUGACUUAGACCAUUUUCAAAAUUAACUGAAUCUCCUAUAAAUGACUUAAAGCAAUAAAGAA